AUGUAUGUGAUGACAAUACAGGACCAAGCUGCGGGGCAGCAGUCUAAGCAGAGAAGCCCAGACCUCCCUCUCCCCAGACACCUCCUCCAGCUUCUCUGCCCGAUGGCGUUCCCAGGGCAGAUUGAUAACAACACAGAGAUCCAAGAUAUUACCGUCACAACAGUGUGUGUCUCCACUGACAAUGGCUUCCGAUGUGAGUGUGAAGAGCAGUUUGCUUGGCCAUACAGCACCUGCAUCACAUAUGGAGCCUGUGAUUACAUGUCCAGUGGCAUCUGUAAAUGCAUCUCAGGAAUCCCAGCUGAUGGCUCCUCCUGUCAACUAAUAUCAGAUCUGCUUGUUCAGACUGAAUAUGAAGUUGAUUUGGAGCUGAAUCUAACAAAUACUGCAACCCUGGACUUCAUCAGGAGCCUUCUGAAGAAUGUCAGCUUUUUUACCUUGAACCCCUUAGUGAGUGUCACACAAGUCAACCUCACCACAGUUUGCUGUCCAAGCAACCCUGGUUAUCAGUGCAGAUGUGAGGAUCAGUAUCGCUGGUCAUGUGACCAGUGUCUAACAUAUGGAUCAUGUGACAACAUCACUAAUGACACAUGUGGAUGCAUCAGUGCCAUUCCUGCUGAUGGACGGUACUGCCAGUCUCUGGAUCAAUACAGUGUGCGUGGGACCAUCCAGAAAACACCAAUGAACACAACUAAUCCCAUCCCUUCAACUAUAGUCCUGACAACCAACAAUACUACCAUUACCCUCCCUAUAGUUAAUGCCACAACUAAUGCCACCAUCUCCACCCUUAAAGCUACCACAACUACUGGUAUCUUCACUACCACAGUUACUACAUCUGCCCCAACCACAGUCCAUAUUAGUACUACUGCUGUUCCUACUACUACACAUUCUACAAUUACUGCAACUGCUACCACCAUAGUCCCCGCUACUAAUGCCACAACUACAACCACAGAUUCUCUUACAACUAACCUCAGUACAACAGCCCCAAUCCUUACCACAACCAGAGUUUUAACUUCUACAGUUAACAACACUACCACUAUAACAGAUACAACUAUCCCGCCUUCAGCAGAGACCAUAAAUACCACUAUUUCCCUGACUAAUAUUACUAGCAUUACCUCCACAACAGAUACCACUAAUGCUCCCACAACUUUGACCAGUGUUCCUACAACUAUGGCCAUUGCCACCACAACUAUGACCGAUGCCCCUACAACUUUAACCAGUACCCCUACAACUACAGCCAGUGCCAACACAACUACCACUAUUUCCGCAAUUAAUAUUACUAGCAUUACCUCCGCAACAAACAUAACAGCUGCCCUUAUUGUCAGUCCAAUGAUGCCAACUUCUAUCUCAGCCCCAACCAAUACUACAACGACUGUCAUAGCUACGAGUAGUACCACUAAGAUAUCCACUGGUACAACCUCUACCAAUGCCACCACAACUAUGGCCAGUGCCUCCAAAAUUGUGACCAGUGCCCCUACAACUACAGCUAGUGCCUCCACAACUACUACCACUGCUCCCACGGCUACCACUAAUGCCCCCACGAAUACAACCAAUGUCCCCACAACUUUGACCAGUGCCCCUACAGCUACAGCCAGUGCCAACACAACUACUACUACUGCCCCAACAACUACCACCAGUGCAACCACAACUACUAUCAAUGCCUCCACAACUACAACCAGUGCCCCCACAACUAUGACAAGUGUCCCCACAACUUUGACCGGUGCCCCUACAACUGCAGCCAGUGCCUACACAACUACCACUAUUUCCCAAACUAAUAUUAUUAGCACUACCUCUACAACAAGCAUGACAACUGCCCUUAUUGUCCGUUCAACGAUGCCAACUUCUAUUUCUGCCCCAACCAAUACCACAACAACUGUUAUAGCUACGAGUACCACUAAGAUAUCCACUGGUAACACUUCUACCAGUGCCUCCACAACUACCACUAAAGACCCAACCACUAUGACCAAUGCCUCCACAACUUUAACCAAUGUUCCUACAACUACCGCCAGUGCAACCACAACUACUUCCACUGCCCCCACCACUACCACUAAUGUCCGUUCAACUUUUACCAGUGUCCCUACAACUAUGGCAAGUGCCCCCACAACUACUACCCAUGCCUCCACAACUACGACCAAUGCUCUCACAACUUUGACCAGUGUCCCUACAACUAUACCCAGUGCCACCACAACUACUACCACUUCCCCCACGGCUACCACUAAUGCCCCCACAACUUUGACCAAUGCCUCCACAAAUUCGACCAGUGUCCCUACAACUACGGCCAGUGCCAACACAACUACCACUAUUUCCCGAACUAAUAUUACUAGCACUACUUCCACAACAAACAUGACAGCUUCCCUUAUUGUCAGUCCAACGAUGCCAACUUCUAUUUCUGCCCCAACCAAUACCACAACGACUGUUAUAGCUACGAGUACCACUAAGAUAUCCACUGGUACAACUUCUACCAGUGCCUCCACAACUACCACUAAAGACCCAACCACUAUGACCAAUGCCUCCACAACUUUAACCAAUGUUCCUACAACUACCGCCAGUGCAACCACAACUACUUCCACUGCCCCCACCAUUACCACUAAUGUCCGUUCAACUUUUACCAGUGUCCCUACAACUAUGGCAAGUGCCCCCACAACUACUACCCAUGCCUCCACAACUACGACCAAUGCUCUCACAACUUUGACCAGUGUCCCUACAACUAUACCCAGUGCCACCACAACUACUACCACUUCCCCCACGGCUACCACUAAUGCCCCCACAACUUUGACCAAUGCCUCCACAAAUUCGACCAGUGUCCCUACAACUACGGCCAGUGCCAACACAACUACCACUAUUUCCCGAACUAAUAUUACUAGCACUACUUCCACAACAAACAUGACAGCUUCCCUUAUUGUCAGUCCAACGAUGCCAACUUCUAUUUCUGCCCCAACCAAUACCACAACGACUGUUAUAGCUACGAGUACCACUAAGAUAUCCACUGGUACAACUUCUACCAGUGCCUCCACAACUACCACUAAAGACCCAACCACUAUGACCAAUGCCUCCACAACUUUAACCAAUGUUCCUACAACUACCGCCAGUGCAACCACAACUACUUCCACUGCCCCCACCACUACCACUAAUGUCCGUUCAACUUUUACCAGUGUCCCUACAACUAUGGCAAGUGCCCCCACAACUACUACCCAUGCCUCCACAACUACGACCAAUGCUCUCACAACCUUGACCAGUGUCCAAACAACUAUACCCAGUGCCACCACAACUACUACCACUGCCCCCACGGCUACCACUAAUGCCCCCACAACUUUGACCAAUGCCUCCACAAAUUUGACCAGUGUCCCUACAACUAUGGCCAUUGCCACCACAACUAUGACCGAUGCCCCUACAACUUUAACCAGUACCCCUACAACUACAGCCAGUGCCAACACAACUACCACUAUUUCCCGAACUAAUAUUACUAGCACUACCUCCACAACAAACAUGACAGCUGCCCUUAAUGUCAGUCCAACGAUGCCAAAUUCUUUUUCUGCCCCAACCAAUACCACAACAACUGUUAUAGCUACGAGUACCACUAAGAUAUCCACUGGUAACACUUCUACCAGUGCCUCCACAACUACCACUAAAGACCCAACCACUAUGACCAAUGCCUCCACAACUUUAACCAAUGUUCCUACAACUACCGCCAGUGCAACCACAACUACUUCCACUGCCCCCACCACUACCACUAAUGUCCGUUCAACUUUUACCAGUGUCCCUACAACUAUGGCAAGUGCCCCCACAACUACUACCCAUGCCUCCACAACUACGACCAAUGCUCUCACAACUUUGACCAGUGUCCCUACAACUAUACCCAGUGCCACCACAACUACUACCACUUCCCCCACGGCUACCACUAAUGCCCCCACAACUUUGACCAAUGCCUCCACAAAUUCGACCAGUGUCCCUACAACUACGGCCAGUGCCAACACAACUACCACUAUUUCCCGAACUAAUAUUACUAGCACUACUUCCACAACAAACAUGACAGCUUCCCUUAUUGUCAGUCCAACGAUGCCAACUUCUAUUUCUGCCCCAACCAAUACCACAACGACUGUUAUAGCUACGAGUACCACUAAGAUAUCCACUGGUACAACUUCUACCAGUGCCUCCACAACUACCACUAAAGACCCAACCACUAUGACCAAUGCCUCCACAACUUUAACCAAUGUUCCUACAACUACCGCCAGUGCAACCACAACUACUUCCACUGCCCCCACCAUUACCACUAAUGUCCGUUCAACUUUUACCAGUGUCCCUACAACUAUGGCAAGUGCCCCCACAACUACUACCCAUGCCUCCACAACUACGACCAAUGCUCUCACAACCUUGACCAGUGUCCAAACAACUAUACCCAGUGCCACCACAACUACUACCACUGCCCCCACGGCUACCACUAAUGCCCCCACAACUUUGACCAAUGCCUCCACAAAUUUGACCAGUGUCCCUACAACUAUGGCCAUUGCCACCACAACUAUGACCGAUGCCCCUACAACUUUAACCAGUACCCCUACAACUACAGCCAGUGCCAACACAACUACCACUAUUUCCCGAACUAAUAUUACUAGCACUACCUCCACAACAAACAUGACAGCUGCCCUUAAUGUCAGUCCAACGAUGCCAAAUUCUUUUUCUGCCCCAACCAAUACCACAACGACUGUUAUAGCUACGAGUACCACUAAGAUAUCCACUGGUACAACUUCUACCAGUGCCUCCACAACUACCACUAAAGACCCAACCACUACCACUAAUGGCCCCACAACUUUGACCAGUACCACUACAACUACCGCCAGUGCCACCACAAUUGCUACCAGUGCCUCCACCACUACCACUAAUGACCCAACAACUAUGACCAAUGCCUCCACAACUUUGACCAGUGCCCCUACAGCUACCGCCAGUGCCACCACAACUACUACCACUGCCCCCACCACUACCACUAAUGUCCGAUCAACUUUUACCAGUGUCCCUACAACUAUGGCAAGUGCCCCCAACGCUACUACCCAUACCUCCACAACUACAACCAAUGCUCUCACAACUUUGACAAGUGUCCCUCCAACUAUACCCAGUGCCACCACAAAUACUACUACUGCCCCCACGGCUACCACUAAUGCCCCCACAACUUUGACCAAUGCCUACACAAAUUUGACCACUGUCCCUACAACUACGGCCAUUGCCAACACAACUAUGACCGAUGCCCCCACAACUUUAACCAGUGCCCCUACAACUACAGCCAGUGCCAACACAACUACUACUAUUUCCCGAACUAAUAUUACUAGCACUACCUCCAAAACAAAAAUGACAGCUGCCCUUAUUGUCAGUCCAACGAUGCCAACUUCUAUUUCUGCCCCAACCAAUACCACAAUGACUGUUAUAGCUACGAGUACCACUAAGAUAUCCACUGGUACAACUACUACCACUGCCCCCACCGCUACCACUAAUGUCCGUUCAACCUUUACCAGUGUCCCUAAAACUAUGACAAGUGCCCCCACAACUACUACCCAUGCCUCCACAACUACAACCAAUGCUCUCACAACUUUGACCAGUGUCCCUACAACUAUACCCAGUGCCACCACAACUACUACCACUGCCCCCACGGCUACCACUAAUGCCCCCACAACUUUGACCAAUGCCUCCACAAAUUUGACCAGUGGCCCUACAACUACGGCCAUUGCCAACACAACUAUGACCGAUGCCCCCACAACUUUGACCAGUGCCCCUACAACUACCGCCAGUGCCACCACAACUACUACCACUUCCCCCACGGCUACCACUAAUGCCCCCACAACUUUGACCAAUGCCUCCACAAAUUUGACCAGUAUCCCUACAACUACGGGCAGUGCCAACACAACUACCACUAUUUCCCGAACUAAUAUUACUAGCACUACCUCCACAACAAACAUGAAAGCUUCCCUUAUUGUCAGUCCAACGAUGCCAACUUCUAUUUCUGCCCCAACCAAUACCACAACGACUGUUAUAGCUACGAGUACCACUAAGAUAUCCACUGGUAACACUUCUACCAGUGCCUCCACAACUACCACUAAAGACCCAACCACUAUGACCAAUGCCUCUACAACUUUAACCAAUGUUCCUACAACUACCGCCAGUGCAACCACAACUACUUCCACUGCCCCCACCACUACCACUAAUGUCCGUUCAACUUUUACCAGUGUCCCUACAACUAUGGCAAGUGCCCCCACAACUACUACCCAUGCCUCCACAACUACGACCAAUGCUCUCACAACUUUGACCAGUGUCCCUACAACUAUACACAGUGCCACCACAACUACUACCACUGCCCCCACGGCUACCACUAAUGCCCCCACAACUUUGACCAAUGCCUCCACAAAUUUGACCAGUGUCCCUACAACUAUGGCCAUUGCCACCACAACUAUGACCGAUGCCCCUACAACUUUAACCAGUACCCCUACAACUACAGCCAGUGCCAACACAACUACCACUAUUUCCCGAACUAAUAUUACUAGCACUACCUCCACAACAAACAUGACAGCUGCCCUUAAUGUCAGUCCAACGAUGCCAAAUUCUUUUUCUGCCCCAACCAAUACCACAACGACUGUUAUAGCUACGAGUACCACUAAGAUAUCCACUGGUACAACUUCUACCAGUGCCUCCACAACUACCACUAAAGACCCAACCACUACCACUAAUGGCCCCACAACUUUGACCAGUACCACUACAACUACCGCCAGUGCCACCACAAUUGCUACCAGUGCCUCCACCACUACCACUAAUGACCCAACAACUAUGACCAAUGCCCCCACAACUUUGACCAGUGCCCCUACAACUACCGCCAGUGCAACCACAACUACUUCCACUGCCCCCACCACUACCACUAAUGUCCGAUCAACUUUUACCAGUGUCCCUACAACUAUGGCAAGUGCCCCCAACGCUACUACCCAUACCUCCACAACUACAACCAAUGCUCUCACAACUUUGACAAGUGUCCCUCCAACUAUACCCAGUGCCACCACAAAUACUACUACUGCCCCCACGGCUACCACUAAUGCCCCCACAACUUUGACCAAUGCCUACACAAAUUUGACCACUGUCCCUACAACUACGGCCAUUGCCAACACAACUAUGACCGAUGCCCCCACAACUUUAACCAGUGCCCCUACAACUACAGCCAGUGCCAACACAACUACUACUAUUUCCCGAACUAAUAUUACUAGCACUACCUCCAAAACAAAAAUGACAGCUGCCCUUAUUGUCAGUCCAACGAUGCCAACUUCUAUUUCUGCCCCAACCAAUACCACAAUGACUGUUAUAGCUACGAGUACCACUAAGAUAUCCACUGGUACAACUACUACCACUGCCCCCACCGCUACCACUAAUGUCCGUUCAACCUUUACCAGUGUCCCUAAAACUAUGACAAGUGCCCCCACAACUACUACCCAUGCCUCCACAACUACAACCAAUGCUCUCACAACUUUGACCAGUGUCCCUACAACUAUACCCAGUGCCACCACAACUACUACCACUGCCCCCACGGCUACCACUAAUGCCCCCACAACUUUGACCAAUGCCUCCACAAAUUUGACCAGUGGCCCUACAACUACGGCCAUUGCCAACACAACUAUGACCGAUGCCCCCACAACUUUGACCAGUGCCCCUACAACUACCGCCAGUGCCACCACAACUACUACCACUUCCCCCAUGGCUACCACUAAUGCCCCCACAACUUUGACCAAUGCCUCCACAAAUUUGACCAGUAUCCCUACAACUACGGGCAGUGCCAACACAACUACCACUAUUUCCCGAACUAAUAUUACUAGCACUACCUCCACAACAAACAUGAAAGCUUCCCUUAUUGUCAGUCCAACGAUGCCAACUUCUAUUUCUGCCCCAACCAAUACCACAACGACUGUUAUAGCUACGAGUACCACUAAGAUAUCCACUGGUAACACUUCUACCAGUGCCUCCACAACUACCACUAAAGACCCAACCACUAUGACCAAUGCCUCUACAACUUUAACCAAUGUUCCUACAACUACCGCCAGUGCAACCACAACUACUUCCACUGCCCCCACCACUACCACUAAUGUCCGUUCAACUUUUACCAGUGUCCCUACAACUAUGGCAAGUGCCCCCACAACUACUACCCAUGCCUCCACAACUACGACCAAUGCUCUCACAACUUUGACCAGUGUCCCUACAACUAUACACAGUGCCACCACAACUACUACCACUUCCCCCACGGCUACCACUAAUGCCCCCACAACUUUGACCAAUGCCUCCACAAAUUCGACCAGUGUCCCUACAACUACGGCCAGUGCCAACACAACUACCACUAUUUCCAGAACUAAUAUUACUAGCACUACUUCCACAACAAACAUGACAGCUUCCCUUAUUGUCAGUCCAACGAUGCCAACUUCUAUUUCUGCCCCAACCAAUACCACAACGACUGUUAUAGCUACGAGUACCACUAAGAUAUCCACUGGUACAACUUCUACCAGUGCCUCCACAACUACCACUAAAGACCCAACCACUAUGACCAAUGCCUCCACAACUUUAACCAAUGUUCCUACAACUACCGCCAGUGCAACCACAACUACUUCCACUGCCCCCACCAUUACCACUAAUGUCCGUUCAACUUUUACCAGUGUCCCUACAACUAUGGCAAGUGCCCCCACAACUACUACCCAUGCCUCCACAACUACGACCAAUGCUCUCACAACCUUGACCAGUGUCCAAACAACUAUACCCAGUGCCACCACAACUACUACCACUGCCCCCACGGCUACCACUAAUGCCCCCACAACUUUGACCAAUGCCUCCACAAAUUUGACCAGUGUCCCUACAACUAUGGCCAUUGCCACCACAACUAUGACCGAUGCCCCUACAACUUUAACCAGUACCCCUACAACUACAGCCAGUGCCAACACAACUACCACUAUUUCCCGAACUAAUAUUACUAGCACUACCUCCACAACAAACAUGACAGCUGCCCUUAAUGUCAGUCCAACGAUGCCAAAUUCUUUUUCUGCCCCAACCAAUACCACAACGACUGUUAUAGCUACGAGUACCACUAAGAUAUCCACUGGUACAACUUCUACCAGUGCCUCCACAACUACCACUAAAGACCCAACCACUACCACUAAUGGCCCCACAACUUUGACCAGUACCACUACAACUACCGCCAGUGCCACCACAAUUGCUACCAGUGCCUCCACCACUACCACUAAUGACCCAACAACUAUGACCAAUGCCUCCACAACUUUGACCAGUGCCCCUACAGCUACCGCCAGUGCCACCACAACUACUACCACUGCCCCCACCACUACCACUAAUGUCCGAUCAACUUUUACCAGUGUCCCUACAACUAUGGCAAGUGCCCCCAACGCUACUACCCAUACCUCCACAACUACAACCAAUGCUCUCACAACUUUGACAAGUGUCCCUCCAACUAUACCCAGUGCCACCACAAAUACUACUACUGCCCCCACGGCUACCACUAAUGCCCCCACAACUUUGACCAAUGCCUACACAAAUUUGACCACUGUCCCUACAACUACGGCCAUUGCCAACACAACUAUGACCGAUGCCCCCACAACUUUAACCAGUGCCCCUACAACUACAGCCAGUGCCAACACAACUACUACUAUUUCCCGAACUAAUAUUACUAGCACUACCUCCAAAACAAAAAUGACAGCUGCCCUUAUUGUCAGUCCAACGAUGCCAACUUCUAUUUCUGCCCCAACCAAUACCACAAUGACUGUUAUAGCUACGAGUACCACUAAGAUAUCCACUGGUACAACUACUACCACUGCCCCCACCGCUACCACUAAUGUCCGUUCAACCUUUACCAGUGUCCCUAAAACUAUGACAAGUGCCCCCACAACUACUACCCAUGCCUCCACAACUACAACCAAUGCUCUCACAACUUUGACCAGUGUCCCUACAACUAUACCCAGUGCCACCACAACUACUACCACUGCCCCCACGGCUACCACUAAUGCCCCCACAACUUUGACCAAUGCCUCCACAAAUUUGACCAGUGGCCCUACAACUACGGCCAUUGCCAACACAACUAUGACCGAUGCCCCCACAACUUUGACCAGUGCCCCUACAACUACCGCCAGUGCCACCACAACUACUACCACUUCCCCCAUGGCUACCACUAAUGCCCCCACAACUUUGACCAAUGCCUCCACAAAUUUGACCAGUAUCCCUACAACUACGGGCAGUGCCAACACAACUACCACUAUUUCCCGAACUAAUAUUACUAGCACUACCUCCACAACAAACAUGAAAGCUUCCCUUAUUGUCAGUCCAACGAUGCCAACUUCUAUUUCUGCCCCAACCAAUACCACAACGACUGUUAUAGCUACGAGUACCACUAAGAUAUCCACUGGUAACACUUCUACCAGUGCCUCCACAACUACCACUAAAGACCCAACCACUAUGACCAAUGCCUCUACAACUUUAACCAAUGUUCCUACAACUACCGCCAGUGCAACCACAACUACUUCCACUGCCCCCACCACUACCACUAAUGUCCGUUCAACUUUUACCAGUGUCCCUACAACUAUGGCAAGUGCCCCCACAACUACUACCCAUGCCUCCACAACUACGACCAAUGCUCUCACAACUUUGACCAGUGUCCCUACAACUAUACACAGUGCCACCACAACUACUACCACUUCCCCCACGGCUACCACUAAUGCCCCCACAACUUUGACCAAUGCCUCCACAAAUUCGACCAGUGUCCCUACAACUACGGCCAGUGCCAACACAACUACCACUAUUUCCCGAACUAAUAUUACUAGCACUACUUCCACAACAAACAUGACAGCUUCCCUUAUUGUCAGUCCAACGAUGCCAACUUCUAUUUCUGCCCCAACCAAUACCACAACGACUGUUAUAGCUACGAGUACCACUAAGAUAUCCACUGGUACAACUUCUACCAGUGCCUCCACAACUACCACUAAAGACCCAACCACUAUGACCAAUGCCUCCACAACUUUAACCAAUGUUCCUACAACUACCGCCAGUGCAACCACAACUACUUCCACUGCCCCCACCAUUACCACUAAUGUCCGUUCAACUUUUACCAGUGUCCCUACAACUAUGGCAAGUGCCCCCACAACUACUACCCAUGCCUCCACAACUACGACCAAUGCUCUCACAACCUUGACCAGUGUCCAUACAACUAUACCCAGUGCCACCACAACUACUACCACUGCCCCCACGGCUACCACUAAGGCCCCCACAACUUUGACCAAUGCCUCCACAAAUUUGACCAGUGUCCCUACAACUAUGGCCAUUGCCACCACAACUAUGACCGAUGCCCCUACAACUUUAACCAGUACCCCUACAACUACAGCCAGUGCCAACACAACUACCACUAUUUCCCGAACUAAUAUUACUAUCACUACCUCCACAACAAACAUGACAGCUGCCCUUAAUGUCAGUCCAACGAUGCCAAAUUCUUUUUCUGCCCCAACCAAUACCACAACGACUGUUAUAGCUACGAGUACCACUAAGAUAUCCACUGGUACAACUUCUACCAGUGCCUCCACAACUACCACUAAUGACCCAACAACUAUGACCAAUGCCUCCACAACUUUGACCAGUGCCCCUACAACUACCGCCAGUGCCACCACAAUUGCUACCACUGCCCCCACCACUACCACUAAUGGCCCCACAACUUUGACCAGUACCCCUACAACUACCGCCAGUGCCACCACAAUUGCUACCAGUGCCUCCACCACUACCACUAAUGACCCAACAACUAUGACCAAUGCCUCCACAACUUUGACCAGUGCCCCUACAGCUACCGCCAGUGCCACCACAACUACUACCACUGCCCCCACCACUACCACUAAUGUCCGAUCAACUUUUACCAGUGUCCCUACAACUAUGGCAAGUGCCCCCAACGCUACUACCCAUACCUCCACAACUACAACCAAUGCUCUCACAACUUUGACAAGUGUCCCUCCAACUAUACCCAGUGCCACCACAAAUACUACUACUGCCCCCACGGCUACCACUAAUGCCCCCACAACUUUGAUCAAUGCCUACACAAAUUUGACCACUGUCCCUACAACUACGGCCAUUGCCAACACAACUAUGACCGAUGCCCCCACAACUUUAACCAGUGCCCCUACAACUACAGCCAGUGCCAACACAACUACUACUAUUUCCCGAACUAAUAUUACUAGCACUACCUCCAAAACAAAAAUGACAGCUGCCCUUAUUGUCAGUCCAACGAUGCCAACUUCUAUUUCUGCCCCAACCAAUACCACAAUGACUGUUAUAGCUACGAGUACCACUAAGAUAUCCACUGGUACAACUACUACCACUGCCCCCACCGCUACCACUAAUGUCCGUUCAACCUUUACCAGUGUCCCUAAAACUAUGACAAGUGCCCCCACAACUACUACCCAUGCCUCCACAACUACAACCAAUGCUCUCACAACUUUGACCAGUGUCCCUACAACUAUACCCAGUGCCACCAAAACUACUACCACUGCCCCCACGGCUACCACUAAUGCCCCCACAACUUUGACCAAUGCCUCCACAAAUUUGACCAGUGGCCCUACAACUACGGCCAUUGCCAACACAACUAUGACCGAUGCCCCCACAACUUUGACCAGUGCCCCUACAACUACCGCCAGUGCCACCACAACUACUACCACUUCCCCCACGGCUACCACUAAUGCCCCCACAACUUUGACCAAUGCCUCCACAAAUUUGACCAGUAUCCCUACAACUACGGGCAGUGCCAACACAACUACCACUAUUUCCCGAACUAAUAUUACUAGCACUACCUCCACAACAAACAUGACAGCUUCCCUUAUUGUCAGUCCAACGAUGCCAACUUCUAUUUCUGCCCCAACCAAUACCACAACGACUGUUAUAGCUACGAGUACCACUAAGAUAUCCACUGGUACAACUUCUACCAGUGCCUCCACAACUAUCACUAAUGACCCAACAACUAUGACCAAUGCCUCCACAACUUUGACCAGUGCCCUUACAACUACCGCCAGUGCCACCACAAUUGCUACCACAGCCCCCAAGGCUACCACUAAUGCCCCCACAACUUUGACCAAUGCCUCCACAAAUUUGACCACUGUCCCUACAACUACAGCCAUUGCCAACACAACUAUGACCGAUGCCCCCACAACUUUGACCAGUGCCCCUACAACUACCGCCAGUGCCACCACAAUUGCUAUCACUGCCUCCACCACUACCACUAAUGACCCAACAACUAUGACCAAUGCUCUCACAACUUUGACCAGUGUUCCUACAACAAUACCCAGUGCCACCACAACUACUACCACUGCCCCCACGGCUACCACUAAUGCCCCCACAACUUUGACCAAUGCCUCCACAAAUUUGACCAGUGGCCCUACAACUACGGCCAUUGCCAACAUAACUAUGACUGAUGCCCCCACAACUUUAACCAGUGCCCCUACAACUACAGCCAGUGCCAACACAACUACCACUAUUUCCCGAACUAAUAUUACUAGCACUACCUCUACAACAAACAUGACAGCUGCCCUUAUUGUCCGUCCAAUGAUGCCAACUUCUAUUUCUGCUCCAACCAAUACCACAACGACUGUUAUAGCUACGAGUACCACUAAGAUAUCCACUGGUACAACUUCUACCAGUGCCUCCACAACUACCACUAAUGACCCAACAACUAUGACCAAUGCCUCCACAACUUUGACCAGUGCUGUUACAACUUCCGCCAGUGCCACCACAAUUGCUACCACUGCCCCCACCACUACCACUAAUGGCCCCACAACUUUGAUCAGUGCCCCUACAACUAUGGCCAUUGCCACCACAGCUACUACUACUACAACCACAGCUAUCACCAGUGCCCCCACAACUACUACCAAUUUCCCAAAAACUACAACCACUGACCCCACAACUACUACCACUCCCCCCACGGCUACUACUAAUGCCCCAACAACUACUACCACUGCCUCCGCAUCUGCAACCAGUGCUCCCACAACUAAGGUCACUGCUGUUGUGGUCUCCAAUACUUCAACUGCAGCUGGUGUCAAGACUACCAUUACUACAUUACGUCCCAUUACAACUAUGACUUCAACAGCCACUGCUGCAGAAAACGGAUAA